AUGGGUUAUGAUUAUUUUUUUGCGAUUAAAGGAAAGCCCAGAGGACUUCGAACAGCUCGUAAACUUCGCAACCACCGUCGUGACCAGAGGUGGCACGAUAAGUCCUAUAAAAAGAGUCAUUUAGGAACUGCUUUAAAAGCUAACCCAUUUGGUGGCGCUUCACACGCUAAAGGAAUUGUUUUAGAAAAAGUGGGUGUUGAAGCUAAACAGCCAAACUCCGCUAUUCGUAAGUGUGUAAGAGUACAGCUGAUCAAAAACGGCAAGAAAAUCACUGCUUUUGUCCCCAACGAUGGUUGUCUAAACUACAUUGAAGAAAAUGAUGAAGUUUUAGUUUCUGGGUUUGGUCGUAGUGGUCAUGCUGUUGGUGAUAUCCCUGGUGUACGUUUCAAAGUAGUGAAAGUGGCCAACGUUUCCCUGCUUGCUUUGUUCAAGGAAAAAAAAGAACGUCCACGAUCAUAAAAAUUGAAAAACUUUAAAAAUAAAAGCUUUUU